AUGUCCCCCGCGCCACUGGAUUCGUUUGUUCCCGAUGGGCGAUCUCGGGCUGUUCUCCGGCACAGCACGAAAGUCAUUGCCAGCAGGGCACGUCAGAGCCAAUGGGAAGCUGCCAUUUCCGCUCUCGCGAGCAUCACAGAUCAGGAAGUCGAAGCCGACAGCAUCAUGUACUGUGCGGCUCUCGGUGCUUUGGAGCGCGCCGUUCGCUGGGAGACAGCACUGGCCAUGGUUCAAAGCAUGCAGCGAAGUGCGGUGGAGAUCUACGAUCAUGGGCUGAAUUACGUGGCCCUCACCUGCAAAAAAGCGGGCGAGUGGCAGCGCCUUCUUCGUCUCUUAGUGUCACCUUUUCGAGGUGUUGAGCAUCCUGCACAUGAGGUGGCCUUCACCGCUGGAUUGGAAGCCUGCCGUACACGCUGGGCUCAGGGCCUGAGCUUGUUGCGCUGCUUGGCAAAUCUUCGUGCAGCCCCGGAUGCGACAACAUUGUCCGCAGCGGUCGCUGGCCUUCGCCAGGCUGCUGAAUGGCAGCACGCGCUUGGACUGAUGCGAGAAUGCUUCCAAUGCGGACCGGAGCCGGAUGCUGCCCUGUGCAACGCGGUUGCGACAGCUUGUGAAGCACGCCAGGCCGGUCGUGUCGACGUCGGAGUUCGGGAUGUAGCUAGCAGCUAG